AGUAGCCGCCGUGCUCUGAGCCGUACGGGUGUGCCGCGUGUGUGUGUCGGCCUGGAUACCUGAGUGCUAGUGCAUACGUGUACACCACACCCAUCGCACCUCCACUCCUCACCAUUGUGCCAUGUGACACACAACACUGUGGUGACUAUGAUAGACUACUGAUUGUGUGCGAGUCUGAAGUGAUGACCGAGAACUGACCGGUGACCGAGAUGUUGUGGACCGUGACCGUGACCGCAGUCCUCUGUGCGGUCCUGCGCGGUUCCCUCGCCUUCAGCUGUGUCUGCAGCCCUGCAGAGUGUGAGGAGGUGGUAGACGCGGACUGCCCGAGGGACGCCGGUACCGUCUGGGAUCCCUGCGGUUGCUGCAAGGUCUGCGCCAGGACAGAGGGAGAGCCUUGCGGAGGUCCUUAUGGCUUCUACGGAUCCUGCGCCGCCGGCCUCCAAUGCGUCGUUACUGACAUCUUGGCUGAGAAUGCUGAAGGAGUUUGCACAGUGAUACCAGGAACAGACAUCAAGUGUGGGGCACCACGACUGGUGUCCGGAUGUAACAUUGUGGGUGGUCACUGCCGGUGCGAUAAGGUGCCCUCCUGCCCAGAUGAACGACCUUUUACCUUCAAGAGCAUGAAGGAGUGCAAAAUGAACCUGGCCGUGAUGAUUCAACACACACAUUCAAUAGAAGAAGACUUGUCGCCGCGGGGUCCUUGACAGAGAGUGUUUCUGCUGCCCUCUGGCAAUCGACUCCGCAACCACCCCUCUUCAAGACUCAUCCGGUACCUCAGCCAGUUUAUAUUGUAUAAAAACCAAUCUUGAUGUCCCAGUCUAUGGAAAUGUGUAAAUAUUGUGAAUAAGAAUUUGUGAAUAAAUUGUAUGUAUUCAUA